AUGUCUGAAGAAUUACGACGGAGGAACGUUGAAGGUGAAGCGGAACGAGUUGAGCACAAAUUGGUUAGAGCAGAAUCCAACAGCAGUUCAGAGAAUCUAGCAUCUAACUUGAGAGACAGUGAGAUCGACAGCGAAGAUGACAAAAUUGGAAAAGGCAUUGACUUAUCGGGAAAUAUUCCAUCUGGAACGAAUAAGGCUCCGUUUUUCUUAGAAACUCUUUUGCAAGAUUUACCAGACAGGUGGCGCAAUUGGGUCGUGAGAGGAGUUUUCAGUUUUCUUAUGCUCACAUUUUUCUUGGUUGUAAUAUAUGGUGGACCUCUUGCGCUUAUGAUUACUACUCUCAUCGUGCAAGUGAAAUGUUUUCAAGAAAUCAUCAACAUUGGACAUUCGGUGUACCGCAUACACGGUCUUCCUUGGUUCCGAUCCUUGUCCUGGUACUUCUUAAUCACCUCGAAUUAUUUCUUCUACGGUGAGAGUCUCGUCGAAAAGUUCGGCGUGGUCAUUAACAGAACGGACUUCCUGCGCAUCUUGGUCACCUACCAUCGCUUCAUAUCGUUUUCCCUCUACUGCGGCGGAUUCGUGCUGUUCGUACUGAGCUUGGUCAAAAAGUACUACAUGAAGCAGUUCUCUCUGUUCGCCUGGACGCACGUGGCCCUCUUGAUCGUCGUCACGCAAUCGUACCUGAUCAUACAGAACAUCUUCGAAGGGUUGAUUUGGUUCAUCGUGCCCGUCUCCAUGAUCAUUUGCAACGAUAUCAUGGCGUACGUGUUCGGUUUCUUCUUCGGCAAGACGCCCCUCAUCAAGUUGUCCCCGAAGAAAACUUGGGAGGGUUUCAUCGGCGGCGGUUUUUCGACCGUCGUCUUCGGAUUUAUGAUGUCUUACGUUAUGUGCCAAUAUCCGUAUUUCGUCUGUCCCAUCGAAUACAGCGAAGCCUUGGGUAGCAUGACGAUGGAUUGCGAACCGAGCAUACUGUUUAGAUCUACCAAUUAUAAAUUGCCGGACUUUUUGUCUGGUUUCCUAACGACGCUCGGCUUCGCCGAUAGCAUAUCGGUUUAUCCGUUUAUGCUGCACUCGCUGUCAUUGUCAGUCUUCAGCAGCGUUAUCGGACCGUUUGGGGGAUUCUUUGCGUCUGGUUUCAAAAGAGCUUUCAAAAUUAAGGACUUUGGGGACGUUAUACCGGGUCACGGUGGGAUAAUGGACCGUUUCGAUUGUCAGUUUCUAAUGGCGACGUUCGUGAACGUUUACAUCAGCAGUUUCAUUCAGCGGGACAGCCCGCAGAAGCUGCUGACCCAAGUGCUGUACUUGAAGCCGGAACAGCAGCUGCAACUGUUCCAUUUGCUGAAGGAGAACUUGGAGUCGAGGCAAAUUUUGGCGCCGCAGGUUUAA